AUGGGGUUCAGGAGAGUUUCUGACUUGUCAGAGUAUUCAGUUUCUGAGUUGUUGGACUUGAUCGAGAAGGCUACAAAGUUGGUAAGGGACAAAUUGGACAACAGUUGGGAUUGUGGUGCCUCAGGUGUGUCCUCAUCAGGCUACUCUGUGGUGGAGCCGGAGCCAGCGGGAGCCUCUUCAUCAGCUGCGGUGCCCAGGAAGCGAUGGGCCUCCAUGGCAACCACACAAUCCCUUGCUCCUCUUGCCGGUCAUGAAGUCGAUACAGAUGAUUUGUUUGGCCGAAGCAGUGAGGAGCAAUUCAAUUUUGAUCCGCCUCAGAAAAUUGGGAAGAUUGCACAAACAGUGGAUCCGAUCACUGUAGUGGAUGUUGCAACAGAUGAUUUUCUGGGUGCAGGCAGUUCCAACGGUUCCAAGCCUUUGAAUUCAGGUCACAAGCAUGAGCGUGAUGCAUUGCUGUCUACUGACUUGUCGCUAUUCAAGUAUCCUUGGGAGAAAGGAAGAUUGGCCGCCAUUUUUGGGCCAAAGCCUACUAUUAAGGUACCUGUGCCGAAACUACAGCCUGGAGGUAGGAAUUUGGUCCAUGUGGAUUUGACAGUCGGAGAAGAUGGACAAGUUGCAACCAGAACAGUGUUGAAGCCUGAGCGUUCUGAGACAGCUGCCUUCAUGCAAGUAGUGAGAAAAGUUGAGGACAUUGAAAUCUUGGAUGAAAAGGCAAAACGUAGGAAGCAUGCAUUGGAAGGUUUUUGGCACCUACUGGCCUUCUCCAUUUGCUCUUCUGCGGUCGGCUUAAAAGUGUCCGUGGAAUCAACAGCCGAUACAGUGGCACAAUACGAUUGUAUGCACUGCAAUCCUAUGAACAAUGGUGCGGUGUCCGAGCGCCGGGUAUGGAACUACGUCCAGUGGUUGCAGCAGACCAACGCCGCUGCGACAAAGGCGUCCAGCCUUUUGGAGGCCUUGAGAUUCUCGUGGUUUCUCCUCGGAGUGGAGGGAGCGAGUGAAGCAGAACAAAGUCUGCGAGUGAAAGGCAUAUCAUCGCAGAUGAGGGCGGCCAAGCGCCCCUGGCGACCAGCCGAUCUGCUGACUGUGGAGGAAGUGCUGGUCCUCCACAAGGUCUUGGGCGACAACAAUGAAGAGCUGGGUGACCGCCUUCUUUGCGGGCACUGUCUGCAUCUGCUGUACAGCAGAUCACGCUGGAGUGACCUGACACAGGUCGCCAACCUCUUCAUCGACGAGGAGAAGCGCUACCUGGAGGUCUCAACUCGUGCUCACAAGGGUGCAAGAUCAGCUGAGAUGAAGUCGAGGCUUUUACCAAUAGUCUGUCCGUGUCAGGGCAUCAGCGAUCAGAACUGGGCUGUCAUCUAUUUGAACUUGAGGGAUCAGGCAAAUUUGCAGCUGCCUGAACACGGCUAUGGACCCAUGAUGCCAGCCCCAGCAAAUGAUUCAGCUACAGUUUGGUGCAAACGUGCUUUGACUUCUGAGGAAGGAGCAGACUUCAUGAGAGCAAUCCUCAAGGCUCCGAAGAGCGCAGAGAGGAGGGUGUCAACGCAUUCCUUCAAGUCCACGCUCAUUUCGUGGACGGCGAAGUAUGGUUUGCCAGAUACUUCCAGAGCAGUGCUGGCGCGACACCUUUCAUGCGCAACAGCCACAACGGCGGUUUACAGCAGGGAUUUGAUAUCCCCAGUUUUGAGAGAGUUGGACACCAUGCUGCAGGCAAUGAGGUGCGCCCUGUUCCAGCCCGACAGGACAAGGUCUGGCAUGGUGACACCGGCAGUGAUGCCGACAGUGCCUGGCACGCCAUUCAGAGUGCCUCCAGUGCCAAGCACUCCCAUGCCACCGGUACCACAGGCAGCUGGGGCCAAACAGGCCGAUGUUGGUGAGAAGUGGCAGGUGGUUCCUGAGGAGCGUGAUGUCGCUAGCCCUGUUGAGUCAAUGUCCAACAGCCCCAGGGCGCAGAGCAGUCCAGCAGAAGCGGUGGACAGCAGCAGUGAGACCACGGAAGAGGCCAGCGAACAGAGUACGUCUGACAGUGACGUGGAGCUAGAGGAAGAGAACGUUCCACGUGAGGUGGAGCCAGUUCUGAGGUACUUCAUCAAUGGAAAGUCGCUGGUCAUUCACUGUGAACGUUCUGCCGGAUUGCUGCGGUGUGGCCGCAAAGUAUCCCCGCAUUUUGUGGUGGUGUAUGAACUCCACGGCAUCAGGUGUUCCAGAUGCUUUGACGUGUGA